AACAAUUCAGAAGAUGUCAUUCUGGACAGCUGAUAAGUGCUAUAACUGCAGACCGUACAAAAUAUACAGCAUUUAGCCCUGAACCUUUCAUCUCUUGAACUAGUAUAGUAUAGUGCCUGCAUUUUACAUCAACGAUAUACUACAAGUGUACGUGACGUCACGGCCUAUUAUUGUCAAUAACAAAGAUUCCAGUCGAUAUUUCCGUCAAUUUAGCUGGUUGUCUAUUUACCUUCAGACAUUUAACAGGACAAAAACCGUAAAACAUUGUUACUUCCUUCAUUGGUCGGUUGCUAAUAAAUUACCACGAUGGCAAAGCUAGAUGAACGAAUUGGUUUUAUCGGCGGAGGAAAUAUGGCUUUUGCAAUCGGGUCUGGACUGAUAGCUCGAGGCAUAAUUAAACCGAGCCAAGCACUUGUGUCUGGACCGCACAUCGAAAAUCUGGAAAAGUGGAGAGAAAUUGGCGCUUCCGCUACAGAGGAAAAUGGAGAGGUCGUGACCAAAUCGGACAUUAUCUUUCUAUGUGUAAAACCUCACAUGCUAAUAACAGUUGCGUCACAACUCAAGAGUUCUGUUAUGGCAUCAACACGCGAAAAAGAUAAAGUGUUCGUGUCAGUGUUAGCAGGAGUGACCUUAGCGCAACUAGCGACGUCGUUCGACUUUAUGACAACACUAAAAAUGGUCCGAACGAUGCCCAACACUCCAAUGCAAGUCGGAGAGGGUUGCACUAUUUACUCCCCUGGAAGUUAUGUCACACAGCACGAUCUCGAAAAGGUGCAUCUCCUGUUAAAUUCACUCGGCUUGGCACAACAGGUUCCCGAGAAAAUGAUAAAUGCGAUUGGGGCUGUUACGGGCUGUGGACCGGCUUAUGUGUACACGAUCAUUGAAGCAUUAGCUGAUGGUAGUGUCAAACAAGGCGUUCCACGUCAAAUGGCCAUCCAAUUCGCGGCACAGACCUUGUUGGGAGCUGCAAAAACCGUUUUAACAACAGGAAAACAUCCCGCUGUUUUGAGAGAUGAGGUUUGUUCGCCGGGCGGCACAACAAUACAUGGCGUUCAUGAAUUGGAAAAAGGGGGUUUGAGAAAUGCUCUCAUCAAUGCCGUGGAAAAAGCUUCAGAACGAGCCGAACAGCUCGGUAAACAAUCGUAAAAGAUCUGUCUUCGAUAUUUUAGACUGUAUGCGACAAACAAAAACACAUGACUCAACUAGUGCGUAUUUAAUCCAAUAAAAUUACUCGUUAAGUGGCUGA